AUGGCCCGAUGUGCACCAGGCAUGCAUUGUAUCUGCCUCGUUCUCACGAUUCCCAUCCAGUCUAUCCACGCCAUAUUGAGAAGCUCUGCUUGGAGCCAUCCUGUGGGCUUGGCUGCCCCUUCAUUGAGGGCCCGGCCUCUACUUCGCAGGGCAAGCCACAGGCCGUCAGAAGAGGUGCAGCACAGCCACAGCCACUUUCCACCUGUUUUGUUGGAGGCUGGCCGAUCCAGGGCACAGAGUGCUCUCCGCCUUAGACAGGAUGAGAAGCACUCGCAUGUCUACGUCAUCAGAAGUUUUGGUCGUGCGAAAGCUUUCCGGGAAAUGACGUGUGGCAUCUUAGAGAAGCUGCUGCCCUGUCUUGGUGUGUGCUUGCUGGCCGUGGCAGUGGACGAUCCAGAGCUGGAGACUUACCGACAGAAUGCAGGACCGUGGAAAGACCGAAUGCUUGUUGGUGUUCGUGGAGCUGAGCGGCAAGUUGCAUUCAUCGACCAGAUAAUGCCGAAGGGUGCUCCGGUCAUGGUGCUGGACGACAACAUUCUCAAGUUCAUGGACCGUGGUGAGACACUGACGAAGGGUCUGGACGAUCUGGUGGGCCUGGGCUUUGACUGCAUGCAUCGCGUGGGUGCAUCUGUUUGGUCGGUCAGCGACUCACCCAAUCCUGCGCACUGGAGUGACGAGGUAGAUGUGGGCAUUGGACUCGUGUACGGAGCUGCCUUUGGAAUGCUGGCAAGCCAUGAGGACUCCCGGUACUCAAGGUUUGGUCAGGUGCUGGACGAUGUGGAGAGGUCCUGCCGCUUCUAUGAGCAAGAUGGCAAGACCGUUCGCUUGGGCAGGCUCCAGGUGUACAAGAGGCAUGCGCCGGGCAUCUUCCAUGAAGAAAAGGGCGGCAUCUCCGCCAGUCUCUCGGCCAAGGCCUUCGCAGAGGAGGCAGACCGGGCCAAGUCCGCCUUACUUCGGCAAUUUCCACAACUGCUCGAGGCCACAAGCAGCAAGCUCGGCCUGCGAUUUCGGCACGGACUUGGCGCCGAGUCUCAGUCAGUACAGGUUCAGGCGGAAUCCGAGCGUCGACGUUUGGAGGAUGUGGUCAAGGGGCUGCAGAAAGAGAAAAAUGACUGGGAGCACGAACGGCGGAGUAUGAUCAAGAGAUACGAGGAGCUCCAACAUUCCAAGGUCCAGUCGGCCCAAGAGGAGGCCAGGCGGAAGGAGGAGGAGCUUCGGUCACAGAAAGAGCUCAACAAAAUCUUGGAGGCAGAUCUCCGGUCGGAGAAAGGAAGCGCCAACAGCUUGAAGGGCAAGCUCAAGGAGCUCGAGGAGCACUGCAGAAAGCUUAAAGUGGAGGUCGAUCAUCUUAAGACACGGCAAACAGACGCUGCAAGCAGGGAGGACCCCAUCGGCGGUAGCACCACAGGCAUCUCCCGCACAUAUGCUGGAGACAGUGGACACCGUACGCCGUCUGUUCCUCACACCGUUUCAGGUGUGCUCUCAGGGAGCUUGCAGGCACCGCCCGCCCCUUGCUCCAGCAUGGCGCCAACCUCUUCCAUGACAUCGGUUGGGCUUGGCCAGGUCUCCGCCUCUCCGUUGUCGGCCAGGCAGCCGGCCGGGGCCGGGCUCGGAGCCAGACACGCUUCUCCCCGUCACGCCUCUUGGAUGCCUCCGACAGGGCCAACCGUGCACGCUCCGUCAUCGCCUCACCUUCGGCAGCGCAUCCCGAGUCAGCGCGAUGUGACAUUGGACUCAGUUUCACAUGCUCCGCCGGUUCGCAAGCUGGUCUCUGAGAUCGAGAAGAGGAGCACCAGCCAGGGUGCUCCUACCACCAGGGAAGCAGCGCCCAUCAAUCGGCAGCUGGUUUUCCCGGCUGCGGACGCCACAAGUAUCAUCAAGACGUGCGGCACCAAGUGUUUCCUCAUGUUGUACAGUUCGACGGCCCAUGGCCUCAGUCCCUAUUCUAGCGACCGGACAUGUCUCCAUGACAUCAGCGGUUCGAGCCGGUUCACGCGAGGGUCAACCCGUGGCUCGGACCAUGCGAACGGUCACGCAGAGCUCCUCACGCUCGGCCUUCCAGGUGGAACCGGAGCCCGAGACACCAAACGCUUCUCCGAAUGUGACGCACAUGGAGGACCCAUCUCGAAACUUUGGCAUGUCUCCGAUCAAGCGUCAACCUUACACAAUCACUCGUGGAGGAGUGACAGGGCACCCGAUGACGCACUCACCUCCAUCGCGGCCAAUCUCUGUACAGGACAGGAUCCGACAAUUGAAUGCAAGCCGUUAUCGUUGAGCGAAGAGCUCCACGAGCUCUUCCUUAUCAACGCUGAACUUUCGAGCAGUCUUCUUGUACUAGAGCUCCAAAUGAUGCGACGAUUGAAUGGUCAGUUUCCAUCAGCGGCGCCACGACUGCCCACUGGGCGCAGGUCAGCAUUGGCAGUCUCCUGCCAGAGCAGACCGCCAUCCAACAGCUACCACAACUACACUUCAAGGACGCCUGAGCCAGCUCCCUGCGUGCUGACUGCAGCUUGUUUGGCUGCGUUUUGCCGCAACCGGCGCCAAGCAUCCACCCUGCGCCCUGCAACACAGGCGGUUACUGCGGUUACGGAGCCUGUGCGGCUGGAAGAGGUGUCCGCCUCCGAUGCUCCAGUGGUCGGCUUCUACGAGACCAUUCGCUCUCCGACCAAUGUUCCGCCGAUGACUUUUUCCGCAGUGAAGUCUUUGGGUACGCCCAGCGGGCCUGAGAUCGGCGAAGAAGUUUGGGUGCGCGCUCGCGUGGCGACAGUCCGCGUGAAGGGGAAGUCGACGUUUGUGGUUCUGAGACAAAGCAGCCUUCACACAGUUCAGGCCUGUAAGUUCAAGGACGCGGAGGAUGGAGGCGAAAGUGCCACAGCUGUGGCAAAGUUCUUCAAGUCCCUGCCGCUGGAAAGCCUCGUCGACCUUCGUGGAGUCAUUGCUGAGGCCAAUGUCUCGAGCUGCACUCAAAGCAAUGUGGAGCUCCAGAUCAAGCAGGUUUUCUGUGUCAGCCAAGCGGCGCCGCAGCUACCCUUUCUGAUCGCAGAUGCACAGCGCAGCGAGGCGGAGAUCGAGGCAUCGCAGGGCAGCAAGCGGCCCUUCGUCCGCGUGCUGCCGGACCUUCGCCUCGAUCACCGUUGGCUGGACCUCCGCGUGCCAGCGCACAACGCCACUCUUCGCAUUCAGUCUGCGAUCUGUCGCCUCUUCCGCGACAGUCUGACGAAGCGCGGCUUCGUGGAGAUCCACUCCCCGAAGCUCAUUGCUGGGGAGAGCGAGGGGGGUGCAGAGGUUUUCCGCGUGGAUUAUUUCGGGUCCAAGGCGUCGCUGGCACAGUCGCCACAGCUCUACAAGCAGAUGGCCAUCUCAGCAGACAUGCCCGGUGCGUUUGAGAUUGGUCCCGUGUUCCGUGCGGAGAACUCCAACACCCCUCGGCACCUGUGCGAAUUCACCGGCCUGGACUUCGAGAUGCCAAUCAUGUGGCACUACAACGAAGUGAUUCAGGUCAUUCACGAGACCUUGUCUGGUGCUUUCCAGGCCUUGGAGGAGGAGUGCGCUGAGGAGUUGAAAGUGGUGAGGCACAUGUACCCAUCAGAGGCCCCCAAGAUGCCAUCUCCAGCUGGGCCGCCCUGCAUCCUGCACUGGGGCGAAGCCAUGGAGAUGCUCCAAGAAGCAGCUGCCUCGAGUGGAUCACCUGGGAGAACGGACAUGAUGGCUGACCUUAGCACAGAGGAGGAGAGACUGCUGGGAAGUUUGGUUCUUGAGAAGUAUGGCUCGGACUUGUUCUUCCUGGACAGCUACCCCUCUGCUGUCAGGCCAUUCUACACCAUGCCAUCAAAGGACCAGCCCGAAUACUCCAACUCUUAUGACGUCAUCUUUCGUGGUCAGGAGAUCGGCAGCGGCGCACAGAGGUGCCAUGACCCGGAGCUUCUGGAGGCGAGAUGUUCGGAGCUUGGCGUGCCCACGGAGCCGCUGCAGGGCUACAUUGACUCCUUCCGACACGCGGUCUCUCCUCAUGGUGGUGUUGGGCUUGGACUCGAGCGUAUCGUGCAAUUGUAUUUGGGCCUGGACAACAUCCGCAAAGCAGCCAUGUUCACCCGUGAUCCAACGCGGCUGAGUCCAUGUAUGGCAGCGCUGCCAAAACGAUGGGCCUGGACAUUCCUCAAAGAGGGUCUCAAGUUCCGAAUGGGCCGUCUCUACGAGACAUUCUGGAACUCACAGUCCAACGUGAAGUACACCGUCGUGUUCCUCUACCCUGGAGCACUUUUCUGGGUCCGAUGGCGUGCCGAGACGCAGUACAAGUACAAUGUCUUCAUCGCAGACAAGGAGGUGGAACCUGAUAAGAAGCAGAACCUUUUCUUCACAUCCUGGACAAAUGGCUCCGUCUUCUACUUUCCUGCAAUGGCAACAGUGCAGGACUUGAAGCAGUCUGUCUACGGGGAUGCGUCCAAGGUGCCUCCUGCUGUUCGGGCAGGCUGCCAUGGACGCAUGAUGGAGUUGCUGUCUCUGCUUGGGCUCCACUUCGGGUGA